UAUGGAGUCGAAUGUUCGAGUUACUGGGUCGAAUGUUCGAGUUACUUAGUCGCUUGUUCGAGUUAUUGUGUCGAUUUCUCAAUCGAAUGUUCGAGUUACUGGGUCGAAUGUUCGAGUUACUUAGUCGCUUGUUCGAGUUAUUGUGUCGAUUUCUCAAGUUACUAA